AUGCUUAUAGAUAGUUUUAAAGAUGAAAAUUAAUUCGCUGAAGCUGUACAUUGUUCAUGUACUAUUCCGGGAAUUACCGGAUUUUAAAUAUGGGGAGAUUAUUAGGGCCUUUAGGCUAUUGAUGGGGGAGUUACGAUGGGGAUACCAUAUAAAAAUAAGAAUUCUAAGUGUAUAUUUUUAAAUGUAUUACCAAAAGUAUUCACUAUGUAUCCUAUUAUAAGAGAAAGUCCAAAAGAUUUAAAAACUAUUUAUAUAGCGGAAGAAUUUUCGUACAAUUUUCCAAAUGAUUAUUGGCUUUGGGAUGAAUAUAAUGCCGAUAAAUAAUUUUUAUAGGGAUAUUUAGCAGCUAAAAAUCAUGAAGGGAUUAUUAAGGAAUAUUUUUUAGGAAAUUAAUGA